CUCUCUCUCUCUCUCUCUCACACACACACACAGAGCUUCACAUGCCCUCAUUUCAUCAAGCCAUUGAGGACAAAGACAAAGCUUCCUUGGAUUUUUGAUACCUCCAACUCUCUCUCUUGUUUCUCUGGUUCUCCAAGAUCCUUCAUUGGAUAUGAUCUUCAUCUCUGUAAAUCAAAUCCAACCGUUGGAUACCCACUUCUUCAUCUCUUUUGUUCUCUUCUUCCCUCCCAACUUUAUCUGAUUUCCAUAUUCCUCUUCUCUGGUUUUCAUGUUCUCCCCUGUUUUCUCCUCUGUUUUUAUCUCUACUCUGUUUUCUUCCUCUUCUGCUUCUUUAUUUCAUGGCUGCUGCUACUCCUGCUACUCAAGUCUUUCAAGGCCACAACAGCAACGGCGAUCAUGAAGUUAGCAGACAAGAAAUUCAGGCCGCCAUUGCUAAAGCAGUUGAGCUCAGAGCUCUUCAUGCUGCUUUGAUACAAGGCAAUAGCCCAGCCAAUCUCAAGUACCCAACUGCUUCCCCUGUUUCACGCCCUCCUUCUCACUUCUCUGCUCAAGAUUACCCUGUUUUCACUCCUAGUUACGGAGAUGAACCAUUACCUGGGUACCAUCAACUUCAUGUUGAAAAUGAUCGAAAUUUGUCCGAAAGUUGGGAUGUGGAAGGGCUAGGAGGAAAUGAUAAUGAAACCAUCAUGUCGGAUUACAAAAAGGAGAUUUCUUCAAGGAAGGGAUUGCCUUCUGGUUUAGUCAGCUUAGAGCCCCAUGUUUGUCCAAGUGAAGAUCAGAAGUCAGUCACCAGUGCCUGUGCAAACCACAUCACUGUGCUUCAAACAUCGCCUGGAACCGAUUUCUUCAAGUCCAGUAGGAGAAACAGUCUGGGGGAGUUCAAAUCCCUCUCAUCUUGCAACAAAUGCAGACCUGCAAUCAUAAGCACCGAAACCGAAAAUACGGUCAAGAACAGUAAGGGUUCUAGUUUUGUGGUGCCCUUGACUGAUUCCCAUUCCUCAGUUCAAUCACAGCCUAAGAACCGGGGAGUGAGCCUCUCAUGGUUGUUUCCAAGGUUAAAGAAGAAGCACAAGAAUGAGAGUUCCCCAAACCGAACAGAAUCCGAGGAAGUAUCACAAAUUUUCAAAGACUUGGGGAUAAUGUCCAUUGAGACAUUGAAGAAAGAGCUGAUGGAUGCAAAUGAGAGUAGAGAUGCAGCCUUAAUGGAGGUUGCAGAGAUGAAAUCUUCUCUGGGGGAGCUGAAACAGAAGCUGGAGUACUUGGAGACUUACUGUGAAGAGCUCAAGAGAGUUCUGAAGCAAACAGCUCAGGCAAAGGACUUGCAGGCUCCGGAAAAGCUCAGAAGUCUUCCAAAGAGGGGGAAAUCAUCCAUUGAUGGGAAUGGAGAAAACUUCAUUCCAGUCAGUGAGGAAGUAAUGGUGGAGGGCUUCUUGCAGAUAGUAUCAGAAGCAAGAUUAUCAGUAAAACAAUUCUGCAAGAUCCUUAUCAGCCAAAUUGAAGAAUCCGAUAAUACCCUAACAGACAACUUGAAUUCUCUUCUUCAACCAUAUAAACUGUCUCUGACAUCAAAGUACUCAAAGGCAGUGCUGUACCAUCUUGAAGCCAUCAUAAACCAGUCACUCUACCAAGACUUUGAGAACUGUGUGUUCCAGAAGAACGGCACGGCCAAGCUCUUAGACCCUCAUCAAGAUCGCCAAGCACGGUUUUCAUCCUUUGUCGCAUUGAGAAACCUAAGCUGGAAUGAGGUACUGAGGAAAGGGACCAAGUACUACAGUGAAGAGUUCAGCAAGUUCUGUGAUCAGAAGAUGAGUUGCAUCAUUUCAACUCUGAAUUGGACGAGGCCAUGGCCUGAGCAGCUCCUCCAAUCCUUCUUUGUUUCAGCCAAAUGCAUAUGGUUGCUUCAUUUGCUUGCUUUUUCAUUCAACCCCCCUCUGGGAAUCCUCAGAGUUGAAGAAAACAGAAGCUUUGAUCCUCAUUACAUGGAAGAUAUGUUCAUGGAUAGGCAGAGAUCACAGGGUCCGAGCCGGGUUAAGAUCAUGGUGAUGCCUGGUUUCUAUGUUCAAGACAGGGUUCUAAGGUGUAAGGUUCUAUGCAGAUACAAAUCUGUAGCCUAAUUUAAAGAUUUUCUUCUCCCAAGAAAAUUUCAACUUAACAAGCUUGUAACUUUCAAAUCUAUGUCAACAUAUGGUUCAAUGGGGGGUUUCAUCCAUUGAUAACUGAAUAUCAGAUUCUAUCACUUCGUUCAGGAUUUCAGUAA